ACACUUCACAUGGUAUGGAGAGCUCAAGAUAACAUAAUCGCACAGACCACCCCGGAUACCACUGUUAACAAGACUUUAUGUAGCAACCCAGCUUGUACUACGGUAACUUCCAAAUGAGUAAGGAAGAAUGUAAAUACAAAGACCAGCAACUCUUGAUGUACUUACUUUCCGCAGCAGAAUUAUACCAGACACCAAAAGUUGAGGAAUGUGUUCUGGAAGGUUCCAACAUUCCCACAUACCAUGGAACAGCUUGCUUAACUGGUCAUCAUCUUAUCUUAUAUUCACAAGAUGGAGAAAAUAAAGAAUAUUGGAUCUUGCAUAAAAAUGUUGAUUCAGUGGAAAAAAGGUAUUCACAAGAUAGAAAUGCAUUAAUAUUUAAAUGCAAAAACUUCAAAAAGUAUCAACUUACUAUUCCAAGCUUCGAAGAUGCAAACAAUAUUUGCUCAUCAGUAGAGGCACUUUCCUGUCUGGGCAAGCCCAAUCUACAGUAUCCUUAUUUCUAUCGCCCAACAUUUAAAUUUGAAGAAGAUGGUUUUGACUUGUUUCAUGUUGAAAAUGAAUUCGCUGAUCUUUGUAAAAAGUCGGACCAGUGGAGAAUAUCGAGCAUCAACCUUCACUUUAAAGCUUGCAAGUCAUAUCCUUCUCAAGUGAUAGUUCCUAAACUCAUCGAUGACAAAGCCAUCGAAAAAUCAGCUGAGUUUAGGCAAGAUGGACGGUUCCCGAUAUUGAGUUACUAUCAUACCAACCGCAGAGUUGUGAUGCGGUGUGGUCAACCUAUGACUGGGACUAGUAACAAACGCUGUAAAGAGGAUGAAAAAAUGAUUAACAUUAUACUUGGCCCAGCACAUAGAGGAUAUAUAUUGGACCUGCGAACUUCACAGUCAGCAACAAAUGCCCGUUCCAAAGGAGGUGGAUUUGAAACUGAAUUCAACUAUCCACAGUGGAGAAAAAUUCAUCAUGGCUUACAAAAACACAAAGUUCAACAGGAAAGUUUAAUUAGAUUGGUGGAAGCUUGUCAUGAUCAAUCAACAAACAGUGAGAAGUGGCAGAGCAAGUUGGAAUCAUGCAAUUGGUUGUCAUUGGUCAAGGAGACAUUAUCAGCAGCAUGUUUGGUUGCACAAUGUGUAGAUAAAGAAGGAGCAUCCGUGCUGGUACAUGGCUCACAUGGAGUUGACUGCACUUUACAAGUAACAGCACUCACUCAAGUUCUUUUAGAUCCAUUGUGCAGAACUAUGAGAGGAUUUUUAUGCCUCAUUGAUCGUGAAUGGAUAAAAGCAGGACACCCAUUUGCAAGCAGAUGCUUUCAUUCCGCCCUGAGUAACCAAAAGACUCAAACUGAAGGACCUUCAUUCACUGUAUUCUUGGAUUGUGUUUUUCAACUUCAACAACAAUUUCCACUUGCAUUUGAAUUUAAUUCCAGGUUUUUGUGCGAACUGAGCAGACAUGCUUAUGCGUCGCAGUUUGGAACAUUUCUAUGCAACAGUGAAAUGGAAAGGAGACAGCACAAAGUUCAAACCAAAACAGUUUCUUUGUGGUCGUACUUUCUAUCAGAGGAAGUGUUACCCCUUCAUUUAAAUAUAAUUUAUGAAAGUUGUAACGGAGUUAUUUGGCCUUCAGUGGCUCCACACAGUUUAUACUUGUGGGACGGGUUGUUCUUGCCUGACAUAGAUCCAGAACCAACAGUUCAGAAAAAUAUCAAAGAAACAAUGUUACGCAUGGAACAAUUGCAAUUAGAGAUUUGUUCACUUAACAAUGAAAUAUCAAUAUUGAAGCAACAACAAGCGAGACCUGAUCAGCAGUGAUAAGAAAAUUAAAAUAAAAACCUAUGAAGAUUUCAUAUUGUACAAUCUUAAUACAUUUAUUUAUAACAAUAAAGGAAAAUGACCAUGAUAAACCACAUUAGA